AAGAAUGUUACGUGAACAGCAGGUGGUGAUUGGAGGAGAGCGCUGUCAAUCAUCUUGAAGAAGCCGGGCGCACCCAGCGGGCGCAUCACUCAGGGAACACUGUCGGGUUUCGAUGUAAAUUAGUACCGGACUUCUGCGGUCCCCUGUUUCAUUUUAGGAGGAAGAACACGGAGAAGAAUCAGUUAAAAUCGGUUAGAUCGACAAAGUAGAAGAUUUGGCGAUGGAAGGGAGGAUUUCUACUUGGACCCUGCUGUGUCUCCUGGUGUCAGGGGUUGGUGCCCUCACUGUGGACAUCCCAAAGACGGAGUAUGAGUAUGCCAGAGGUGACAACAUCACACUGCCCUGCACGUUUCAAUCCAAACUUGCCAAGCCCAAGCUGGUCAUCGUCUCAUGGUCUGUUCAGGACAAGCAAGAUAGUGCUGUUCCAGAGACCCUGAUCCUCAGCUACUACUCAACUGGGAUUACCGACAUCAAACAGCGAUAUGAAGGCCGAGUGUCCGCUGACGUGGACAUUGCUACUGGAAAGGGCAACCUGAAACUCUCCUCCAUCACACUAGCAGACAACAAGAAGUUUGAGUGUCGUGUCCAGAUCCCAGGUGACGAUGAGGGCAAGCCAGCCGACACUACACGUUUGGUGGUUCUAGUGGCUCCAUCUACCCCCAUCUGUAAGAUCCAGGGUAACACAGAAUACGGCCAGAACAUCAACCUGACCUGUGUGUCUGAGGAAGGCUCCCCACCACCCACUUAUAAGUGGGAAAGUCGUGAUGUCAGGAUGAUGCCUCAUCUUAAGGACCCCAGAACCACCGAGAAGGGAGGCAUCCUGUCUCUAUACAAUAUCAGCAAAGAUACAUCAGGAUACUACACCUGCACUUCAAGAAACAAGAUCCGCUCUGCUACCUGCAACAUUACCCUCUCAGUUAUGCCACCUUCCAUGAACGUUGGCGCCACUGCAGGAAUCAUUGGUGCCGUUGUUGCUGGUUUGAUCAUACUUAUAAUCAUCAUCUAUUGCUGCUGCUGCCGGAAGAAGAACAAAGAGGAGGAAUACGCCAUGGGAGUUCGUGAAGAAGAGUUCCGUGACAAAGAGCCAGCUGGAAAUGGUGAGAGUCGCUAUGCGGAUGGACAAGAGAACAAACAGAGUGAUCAUGACGAAGCCCCUGUUGAUCGCCGUGACCGCUACGAGGAACGGAGUGAGCGUGACUACGACGAUCGGCGCAGUGACUAUGACGAUCGCCGCAAAGACUACGAUGAUCGCCGCAGCGACUAUGACGAUCGGCGCAGCGACUACGAUGAUCGCCGCAGUGAUUAUGACGAUCGUCGCAGCGAUUACAAUGAUCGCCGCAGCGAGUACUCCGACCGCCGUGACCGCCAUGAGCGCUAUGAUGACGACCGCCGCUAUGACGACGACCGCCGCAGAGACCGUCGCUAUGAUGAUGACGACCGCUAUGAUGAGCCCUAUGAUGACAAACCACCUGUGCCAGCCAAUAAGCCAGCGAGGAGGGACUACGAUGACUAAGUCCUCCAACCUGCAACAACCACCGUCUUCCAUCUUGUUUUUUGUCUCCAUGGACUUUACUCACACUCUAUUAGGCGUGCUCAAGGUGUGACGUAAUUGGCUCAAUCAACUCAGUCAACCUUUUUGUCUCCAUGGUGAGUAUAGUGGUGUGUGGUGACAUAAUUGGCUCAGAUACCAAAGCAAGAAAAAUCCUCCAAUUUUUGUUUGAGCGGUGGAAUAGUUUUAAGGGUCCAGUUGUUUGUGAAAGGAUCAGUUGAGGAAGAGCAGGGAGCCCAAAAGUGGCGCCCGCAAAGCUCAUCUGAUCCACUCUAGACAGGAAGUGGGUGGAUGGGGUUAACAGUUACAGUCCCUCCAGUUCAAGUAUAAACAUGGCUCAGGGCAAGCUCUGUACCUUUGUUGUGAACCAAAACUCACAUAAUAAAUAUUAGGAACUGGCCAAACAAAUCCCCCAGAAACAAGUUAACCAACUUACUUCCUUGAUGGUCGUUGUAAUUGUUGUUUCUUUCCAGUCUUUUGAUAACAACCCAGGCUUAAUUUUUACACUGUAGCAAUAGUUAUAGUACAGUUAUAGUAUUCUGAGUCAUAAAAUGUCCCUCUUUUUUUCAAUUUUCUUAUCUUGUGAAACUGAAUGUAAUGCUAUAACUUAAAUGAAAAUGUUACAUGCUUUUCUGUGAUGUACAUGAUCCUUUUUUAGUGAUAUGUCCUUCAGGAUGUUACGUUUUGUGAAUAAGGGCCAUGUUUGACUUUGAAGUGCGUGUGAAUAUAAUUUUACUGCAGCUCAGUCAGGUUUGGUCACAUUCUAAAGAGGAGACACGAACCCGAUGAGACAAAGCCAGCGAAUCAUAUACUGCCUGUGUGGAAGAGAUCUGUGUAAUCCAGAAAGUACCUGGUAUUUUUUAAACUUGAUAUGUCUGAUAUGUUGGUAUUGUUACAUCACAAUACAAGGCCUCAUGUCUGCUUUUCUUUGUCUUGAUUUAAGAUAAGAUGGCUUCCUUUGUUGGGUGAUAGCUUUUGUUUUUGGAAGCUACCUCCAAACUAAAGAAGUUGGUUACAGUUUUGUGUCAUUCUGUAUGCUUUACAGAAUUAAUUUGGUAUAAUAAGUGUGUAUAUUCUUUGCUGUCCUCUCUAUUUAGUGCUUUCAAUUUCAGGUUUUUCAUCACUAUAUUAUAGAAACUAGAACUUUCUCUUUGUUGGGAUUACUUAUAUCAUCACAGAUUUCUUUUUUUUUUUGUAGUGAAAAACAAUAUUUUGUUCAGAUGCCUAAACUUUUAUAAAAAUAUAACUUGCCAUGUCACCUUUCAAGUUGUUUUUAAUUGUGUUUUUUUUGUGUGUAUUUUUUGGAGAGAUUUCUGUUGAAAUGCAAUGAAACGUCGCACUGUAUAUAUGCUAUUAUUUUAUCUCAGAAAUGAUGGCGUUAUCAGUUUUUCAUUUUUAAAAUUGUCUGUUAUUGUGAAACAUUAUGAGUUGAAUUCCAUUUGAAAUAUGCUGUAAAAAAAUAAGGCUGAUGAAAUAAAAUGAAUAAAACAGUUUCUCUGAAUCCAGAACACUAGAGGGCAACAUUACACCUCUCAAACAACUCAGUUCUCACAUGAUCACUUGAUAAUGGUGACAACAUGUAGAAGAGGGUAAAA